CUUUCUUUUCACAAUUUCCACUUCUCCCCCAAUCACCCUCACAAAUCACAAUUCAAUCCCCACGACUUCACGCUCGCAGUCGGUGAUCCACUUUCAAUUCGGAAUUUGUACUCAUACAGACAUCGUAAUCGUUCGAUUAGGGUGAUUGUAAAUUUGUAAUGGCUUCAAUCGUACACGACGAGCACUGAAUUCGCCUACGCGACUACACACUCACGUUCCUCGCGCUUCAUCCGAUUUUUUUAGUCUCCAUUCUUCCAUGGCGGCGCCGAGGAGCCUGAUCGGCGACCAGUUGGGCAGGCUGGAGGCAAUGAAGGACGAGGAGAAUGCCGCGGAGGACGAUUCCCCCACCGCCAAGCGCCUCAAAUCUGAGCGGUUCCCUCUCACGCGAUGGGAACUCGUCGUGUUUGUUUGUGUCUUUCUUGUCUUCUCGGCGGGGCUCCUCUGCGUCUAUUUCACAAUGCCCGCUGCUGAGUUCGGCAAGGUCAAGCUGCCGCGCAGUAUUUCUGAUCUCCGUAUGCUAAAGGACCAUCUGGCAGCAUAUGCAAAGGAUUAUCCAGCGCAAUUCAUUUUGGGUUACUGCUCAACUUAUAUAUUCAUGCAGACAUUUAUGAUUCCUGGAACAAUUUUCAUGUCACUGCUUGCUGGAGCACUUUUUGGCGUUGUUCGAGGCCUUGUCCUAGUUGUCUUAAAUGCAACAGCAGGAGCAUCAUCCUGCUUUUUUCUUUCUAAGUUGAUUGGCAGACCAUUAGUUUGUAGGUUAUGGCCUGAAAAGUUGAGAUUUUUUCAGGCGGAGAUAGGGAAGCGUCGGGAAAAGCUGCUGAAUUACAUGCUUUUUCUGAGGAUAACUCCAUCGUUGCCAAACCUUUUCAUUAAUUUGGCAUCUCCCAUUGUUGACAUACCAUUCCACAUUUUCUUUCUGGCAACUUUGCUUGGUAUUAUUCCAGCUUCCUAUAUCACUGUCAGAGCUGGCCUGGCUCUUGGUGAUCUCAAGUCAGUCAAGGAUCUGUAUGAUUUUAAGACUUUAUCCGUGCUUUUCCUUAUCGGAUCAGUCAUUAUGGUUCCUACCCUUCUUAAGAGGAAGAGAAUAUAUGAAUGAAAGUUAUGCUGUUCAAGUCUCUCCUGUCCUACCUAAAUCUGAUUAAAAGUAGUAAAGUUAUCGACUUUUGAGAAUAUUGGCUUGAGUGGAACUGCAGGUCCUGGAUGUCAUUGUUCUUCCUACCUGAGAGCUUUACUGGGUAAGUCAGUCUACACGUUUCGAUGUAACACUGGUUGAUUACUCUCCCCACCAAUGACACAAUAGAGGUUAUAGAAGCUUCUUUUACGUUUUCCUCAGUAUCUCCUGUAUAUCAUAAUUCAAUCAUCUCCAGUAUGGACCUUUCUAGACUACUGGGGGCACCAAAGUUCAUUGAUAACGACUGUUUUUUCACUGACAUUGUUAUAUGAAUGUUUUAAUGGUAUUAUUUAGUGCAAUACUAUAAAUUUACCGUAUGUGUA